GAAUUUGAGAAACAUAUAUCACUACCAGUGCAGCUAAGAUUACUUGCUUGUUAAAUUCAUAUAUGUAGAAGCAUUCCACCUGUUGGAUUUUUAGGGGUAAUAAGGGGGUUGAGAUAGUGGAUUUGGAUGAGAAGGAGAGUGACACCCGGAGUUACCUCAUAUGGUGAGUGUUGCAGCUUUGACACCACAACUCCAACACUCCUCCUUGGUGUUAAAGCUGCGGGAAACAAGAAAUUUACCUAAGCAUUUGGAAUCUGCCUUUUGCAGUUCUUUAUGCUUUGGUUUUGAUUUUUGUUGCUGCUAUGGCUAUCUUCCUUGGCAUAUCAACUCCUCCUUCAAUACUGCAGCUUCAUCUUGCUUAGAUUUGCUGCUUUAACAAAUGCUUGGAGCUUUAAACAUUUUCAGCAACUCCAUUUCAGCAACUUGUACUUCCUUGGAUCUUUGCUGAGCUUUUCUGUAAGUUAGCUCAGUUUUCUUCGUUUUUCAUUUCCAUAUACAGCUUCCUUGGGAUCGAGGUCAGAUUCAACUUUAUGGUUAAUAUGACUUUAUGCGUGCUCUGAGUUUUCUUCCUUACUCAGGUUGCACCCUUGACAGACAAUCUUUUUCCCUUUGAACUGCUGGCUGUAGAAUCCAUGAACACCUUCUCUUUGUUGGUCCAGCUUACCUCUCCACACCAUCUCCUCACCAUGCUUGAUCUUGAGCUAUAGUAGGUCUACCAUACGCCUUCAUCACUUGUGGAGUGAUUUGGCUAAAAACGGAAGAGGGAUUUCACAACAAAACCUACUGGAAUCC